AUGCGGCGUGUCUAUCUCGUCCUCUCCGCUUCUGCCUUCGCCCUGCUCUUGGGCUGUUCCCUGUAUGCCUCAACAAGCCUUUCCGCUUUGUCUCUUGCUCAGAAAGAGGAGGGAACACCUUGGGUGCUUGGCAACAGCGAAGCUUCUAUCCUGAACCAGCUUACCUACCAUCCUCGAGCUGUGAAGAAGGCGACAGGAGUCCGAAAGCAGAAGUUGGAGGAGCUCGACCCGGACGAUCCUGCGGCAGGGGAGUAUCAAUGGCAUGAAUUCGAAGAGGACGAGUCGCCUUUUGCCGACCUUGAGAACCCUCUGCAUGUGUGGAAGAACAAGAGAGUUCCGCAGGACUGUUCGACAACGUGCGGGGACACCGAAGAGAAUGUGUUCGACGAGUCGCAGGCAAAACGUGGAAGAGUGCAAACGCUGCGUGAGAAACGCGAGCCUGCCAAUGACAAGAUGUCCAAGCUGAACAGACAGAUCGCGUUGGCAAAGCUUAGGAUCUCGAAGCUGAAAAGGGAAAACAAGGAGUUGAGAAUGGUGAACCAUGACACUGCCGAGAGGGAGAAGCUUUCUCCCAUGAAGAUGAUCGAUUCCUUGUAUCCAACGGUAAAUUGGAGGUGGCACAAGAACAAAGAAGUUCUCCCGGCAGUGUUUGAGAAUUUGAAAGUGGAGCCUGUGCUAUGGCACAAGUACAAGCCUGGAUCGAAUCAUUUGUUUGACUUCCUGAAAGUUGAGCCUGUAGUUUGGCACAAAUUGAAGCCGUACCACAAUGUGCUGGAAAACCUGCCCACCGAGGCACACCAAUGGCAGAAGCAAAAGUUGUCACCUAACGUUUUGGAUUCUCUCCCAGACGAGGCUCACAAGUGGCACAAGUAUGAGCUGGAAGGAAACGUGCUGUAUGGCUUGCCCAGCGAUGCGCAUAAAUGGAGGAAACAAACCCCGGAGUUGAACGCACUGGAAAGUCUUAACUCGGAGGCGCAUGAAUGGAGCAAGGGACAUGCAACCCAGGAGAAUGUUCUGGAUGCUCUGAACUCUGAGCCAUUCAAGUGGAGGAAGCAGCAAGAGAUCCCGAGCAACGUUCUUGCCGCACUCAGUGACAAGGCACACGUGUGGCACUCCUACGUGCCUGACCAGUCCCCUCUUGACAGCCUCGCUUCUGACCGCUACGUUUGGAAGGCGUAUCAACCGGACGGCACCUAUCCACUCCAGGACCUGGACAGCUCGACAUACCAGUGGAAAGGCCCGGGAGCUCCUGACAAGAGCCCGCUGAACAGCCUGGAUGACUCAGUACAUCAGUGGGGAGGCUAUCAGCAGGAUGAGUCGCCUUUGGACGCGCUUGACGCCUCAAAGUACGUCUGGAAGGGAGUACAGCCGGACAAGAGUCCUCUUGACGCAUUGGACGACUCCCCCUACAAGUGGAAAGGUGCCGCAGUACCGGAGGCAAACCCGGUUGAAGGCUUGAAGGACGAGCCUUACAAGUGGAGGGGACCAGGAGAGCCAAGCGUGAACGUCCUUGGGUCACUAGAUUCGUCGCCCUACCAAUGGAGACGACCAUAA